CCUUAAUUUGGGAAAGUAACCCAUUAGAUUAGGCUCCAAACUUGCAAUAAUAGCAACGAGCGACGGAUAGGAUCAGGUAAAAAUGGCCGGUUUGCUCGCAUGGGCAGCGGACGUCGUGGGCGGCGGCGGCGGCGGCGGUGCGAACCACGACGACGAACAGAUCACUUCGAUUCCCAUAAUAUUUACUCCAGAGCAGCAGAAUUACGUUCGAGAAUUGAAUCAGAAAGCAGCUUCUCUCAGUCGCUCGGUCCGCGAUCUGCGCCUUCGAUUGCCUCCUCCCGACAUCUCCCAACGGCUUCCCCACCUUCAUGCCCACUCCCUUGCGUCCACGGCCGAUCUUACUCUUCAAUUGAACGCCCAUUCUUCCACUCGCGAACAGGUCCAAUUGAGAGUGAUAUCACUACAGGAAGAAAAUGUUGCAUAUGGAAAGGCCAUAUCAAAUUGUGAAAACAAAAUACAGGAAAAGAGGCAGGAAGCAGAUUUGCUUAUGAGCAAGUUAGAGGAGUUGGAAGAAACCACCAAGAAUCUGGAAAUCGAGCUAGAAAAAGCACAAGCUGCUCUGGAAAAUGAUGAAUCCAUCAACUUUGGAGAAUUGACAUCCAAACCUUCUAAAGUUGAAGCAGAACAAGAUAUGGAAGUAUCAAAGUCUGCCUUGCUAGAAAAAUUAGAUAUCAAGAAACAAGAGCUGAGUUCAAUGGAAGAUACAGUUAAAGAGUUAGAGAAAAGGUGGGUAGAAAUUCAGGACAAAUCUCUAAAACAGCCUUCACCAGUUCAGAGAGAGAAAAUGUUGGACAAGCAACUCCAUAGUCUCAUCGAGCAGCUAGCUGUAAAACAGGCACAAGCUGAAGGUUUGGCAAGUGACAUUCAUUUGAAGGAGAUGGAGCUGGAAAAACUAAAUGCAUCAUUAAGGAGGCUUCAAAGUAGCAGCUCUGAGGCUAAAAUUGCUCGGAAUCGGUUUGGAAGAAGCAUGUCUGACAAGAAUUUUUCAGACCACUUAUCUGACUCACACCACAGACUUCCUUGUCGCACCGGUGGUCGGAGUGAGAAUCAACAGAGACUAAUGCUACUCCGAUCUGCUUUCGUGCUCUACAUUUUAGCUCUACACAUCGUGGUUUUCAUCAAAAUUUCAUUCUGAACAGCCAUAUUCAUCAGUAUUUUCUGUAUGUAGUAAAAUUGUUUAGAUAUAUAGAAACUUGAUAUCGAACGUACGCUAUUUUCGAAUAGAACACUAUACAGUGAAUCAAAUAUAUAAACAAAUCACCCUUUUGGAUUCUCCAA